UUCAAGAUGUUUGCCAACGUUCUCGUCCUCUUUGCUGGCCUUCCUGUUAUCCUCGGUUUGACCCUCGACACACCUACCAACGUAACUUCUGGCCUCGUUUCGAAUGUUACUUGGACUGCAACAGACGGCGAUCCUACGUUCACCCUCGAACUUAACCAUCCUUCUUUCAGUAGUUCUCUCGCUCUCGCCAACAAUGUCAAUCCCACCUCGGGAAGUCCGCUCAGUAUCGAAUGGCCCAUUGUUCCUGCUGAUUCUGACUAUACCCUGAGCGCUGUAAACAUUUCCAACAUCAACUCGGUUUUCUCUUCGUCAGCCUCAUUUUCUAUCGCACAAGCUCCUACAACAGGUGUCUCUGCCACCGUCAGUACUACAUUUACGACCGGUUUGUCAUCCAGCGGAGCAAGUGCAUCCACGUGAGUCAGCCAGUCAGUCGACUAUUUUCUUUGAUUUCAUAUCCUACAGUACUGGUUCCUCUGCUUCUACCACUGGUACUAGCUCCGCUGGAACGACCGGUACGUCAAGCUCUGGUGCUUCCACCACCAGUGCUAGUGGCAGUUUCAAUGGUGCUGCUUCCUUCAAUUCAGGAAACACAGGAGUAUUUGUCGCAGUUCUUAGCUCUAUCGUUGGCACUAUCUUCUUCCUUUAAGUCUUCUACGAGAUGAGAUCUCUCUCCAUCCAUGAACCAUCUUACUUUACUUUUGGAUUUUAUCCGGAUAUUACUGCCUUUCUCGCAACAAUUGUUCCCCUGGGUCGUAGGACUUAAUCUUCAUCAAUAGCUACAUGCACAUGGACUUCUUGUUGGCAUACUUCGUGACCC